ACCGGAUGUGGCGUCACUGUGGCCUCUUUGUACGCGUCCGGCACCACUGGUAGCUGCUGCUGCUGCCUGUCAACAUCACACCGCCCCAGAAUUCACCGCUAUUUUGUUUCUGAGCUGAUUGUCUCUGGCAGUCCACUAACUGUCCUCCAGCAUGCCCAUGUACCAGGUAAAACCCGUCUGUGGGGGUUCCAUAAAGACCGACUUGCCCACCUGCAUGUACAAGUUACCAAAUGUCCACGCGCAGCAAGGGAGCAGCUGCACGUCUGAGCACGCGUUUCAGAAUGGGGAAGUGGAUCCUGCAGUCAAAGCUCUGGAGGCCCGGCAGGACGAGAUCAUGAGAAAACUGUAUGAGCUGAAAGCAGCUGUGGAUGGCCUGGCCAAGACGGUGACCACCCCAGAUGCCGAUCUGGACCUGACAGUCAGCAGCAGCCUCUCCUCCCAAAGCUUCACCUCCACAACCUUCAAAGGUGUCACAGACCUGAACACAGUACUGGGAAAGGACCUCGGUGCUCUCCGUGACAUUGUAAUAAACGCCAACCCGGCACAGCCACCCCUGUCCCUGUUGGUGCUCCACAAUCUGCUGUGUCAGCGCUACCGUGUGCUCUCCACCGUCCAUGUCCACUCCUCAGUUACCAGUGUGCCGCCACAGCUCCUGUCCUGCCUCGGUCCGCGCCACGCAGACAGCUAUGCCCGCCAGAUGUUCCAGCUGGGCUUCACCCUCAUAUGGAAAGAUGUCCCCAAACUGCAGAUGAAGUUCAGCGUCCAGAACAUGUGUCCCAUCGAGGGUGAGGCCAGUGUGGCACGCUUCCUCUUCAAGCUGCUGGCUCCUUACCCAAGUGACCCUGCCCUCGCCACACUGGUGGACAGCUUCGUGGACAUGGCGUUCUUCCAGCUGGCAGAGGGCAGUGCCAAGGAGCAUACGGCCGUGCUGCGCACCCUCAACUCUGCUUUGGGCCGCAACCCCUGGCUGGCCGGGUCAGAGUUCUCUCUGGCCGACAUCGCCUGCUACUGCUGCUUGCUACAGAGCGGCUCGGCCUCCUCUGCUCCCUCUAAUGUCCAGCGCUGGAUGAAGUCCUGUGAGAACCUUGGCCACUUCAGUCCUGCCAAACUACUCCUGCAGUGACUGGGGCUGCACAGGGACUAGACACCAGGAUGUUCUACCUUAGCAAAGUGAGAGAAGGGCAUUAGAAUAUUAAUCUGUGCCAGCCAUUUCUGGAACACUUUCUCAUGCUUCCCUCCUUACUUGACUAUAUCAGUGAAUUGACAAAGACUCCGUUGAAGCAAUAUAACUGACAGUUUAAGUAACUAAAGUAUUUGUCAUGGUCAUGCUGCUUUUGUACAUUCUAAGGAUAUAUUUUGCAAGGGAGGAAGCAUGAGAGGACUAUAAAGACACUGGCUUGGUGAUAGAUUAAAUCAAAGGUACUGACAGAAGUUAGUCUAACACACACUGUACACCUUCCACCCACUUUGUGCCUAACAUGAUCCUGUUCUAAACGUGUGUUAAUGUAUGGUAACGGGUAUUACUGGGUGUUUUCAAAAGUAAUACUUUAUACCAUUUGUUUUUCUGAAAUCAUUAAAACUUUGGAUCAAACUUUGAA